GUAGCAAUGAUAUGGAUGCUGUAAAGAAAAAUAAGCGGGAUGGAACAGAAGUCACAGAGAGACUUAUCACAGAAACUGUUACCACCAGACUGACAUCUCUUCCCCCAAAAGGAGGUGGUAACAGUGGGCUCAAAACAACAGCCUACAGUGGAGGAAGUGGAGUGGAAAAGAGGAUGUAUACCCAUGGCAGCAGUUACGUCACGUCCACAGGUGGAAAUGCUAGAAUGAAUGCCUCCUCUUCCUCCUACAAGCAAGCCAUUUCUCCUUCCUCUACUCUUCCCAAAUCACCUGGGUCAACCUUUGAGCGAAAAACCUAUACCACCCGCCAUGCAACAUAUGAAGGGAGCUCCAGUGCAAAUUCAUCUCCAGAGUGUCCAAGAAAAGAUUUGGGUUCAUCUGCCACCAGAGGGCGAAGCCAAACCCGAGAGAGUGAAAUCCGAGUAAGGCUGCAGAGUGCUUCUCCAUCAACCAGGUGGACAGAACUGGAUGAUGUUAAGCGACUUCUUCGGGGAAGUCGCUCAGCAAGUGCCAGCCCAACACGAUCCUCAUCAAGCACACUCCCUAUACCCAAGAAAGCUGUUGUGGAAACCAAAAUGGUUACAGAGAGCUCCCAGUCAGUAUCAGGGAUAUAUGAUACAGCCAUCUUGAAUGCUGCCCUCCCAACAUAUAUGUGGUCCUCCACCCUGCCUGCAGGGUCAACUCUUGGUGGCUACCAUAACAACAUGACCCAGAGCUCAUCGCUGAUCAACACUGCAGCUCAUUCUACGGGAUCAGUGUUUGGAGUCCCAAACAAUCUGGCUCCCAGCUCCCCCAGUCUGAAUGCAGGCCUCAGCACUUCUUCAACAGUAUUUGGUGUUCAAAACAACCUGGCUCCAAGCACGUAUGCUGCUACCAACAGUGGAACUACGACCUCAACAGCAGCAUAUGGAUUAAAGAAAAAUACUACCCAGAACUCCGGUGUGACUAGUACUGGCGUUUCCACCUCGUCUACAACAGCCACCGCUAUGGGUUCCCAGAAUGAUGACAUCCUACGCAAGGACUGCAAAUUUCUGCUCCUCGAGAAAGAGAACGUGGCCCCCAAGAAAGAGGUGGAGCUGCUGAUCAUGACAAAGGACAGUGGGAAAGUCUUCAGUGCAUCCAGCACAGGUCUCAAUGGAGGUUAUUGUGCUGAAGACACCCUGAAGAAAGAAAAGCAGGCUAUUUCUUCCUCUUAUGCUGGAGAUUCCUUCCUCAAAUCAGAAACAAAUGGAAGACUGCAGUCUGUUUCAACAAAGGACAAAGCCACUUAUGCAGAAAUCCAGCGUGAUGAUGGCUGUGGAGGGGCAGGUGCUGCUCCAGCCUGGUGCCCUUGUGCCUCCUGUUGUAGCUGGUGGAAGUGGCUCCUCGGCUUGCUCCUGGCCUGGCUCCUUCUACUUGGUCUGCUUUUUGGGCUUAUUGCUCUAGCGGAGGAAGUGAGGAAGCUGAGAUCCCGUGUGGAGAGCCUUGAAUCCCGUGCCGGCUACUGGCAGGGUAAUUCUGAUAUUGUGGAAAAUGUGCACGUCAGCAAGGUUGGACAGUUUGCCAAACAUUCAUUAAGUCUGGGUGAUAUGAAUGAAGACCAGCUAUGGCUAUUCAUGAAGAAGAGGCUGGAUGCAGAGAGAAAUCAAGGUUAUUUCCGAGGCGAGCCGGGACCAAAAGGUGAUAUGGGCAUCCAAGGGCUAAAAGGAGACCGAGGACUUCCUGGCACAGCAGGUGUUCCAGGUGUGAUAGGACAUCCUGGGCCUGAAGGACCAAAAGGACAGAAAGGCACCAUGGGUGAAACUGGUAUGGAAGGGCCCAUGGGACAAAGAGGAAGAGAGGGACCUCCAGGUCCUCGUGGGGAGCCUGGUCUACCUGGGUUUGGAGAGAAAGGUGACAAAGGCUCUGCUGGAGAUCCAGGGCCUCAAGGUCCAUCUGGGCCCCCAGGUCCUUUUGGCCCCAAAGGUAUGAUGGGUGCAUCCGGUCUCCAUGGUCCCCCUGGUCCACCUGGGAGUCAAGGAUUCAGAGGUGAACCUGGUGCUCCAGGUAUUAAAGGUGAGAAAGGAGCCAUGGGAACAGCUGGGCCCAAAGGUGAUCAAGGGGAGAAAGGACCUCGUGGUCUUACAGGUGAACCUGGUUCCAGAGGGCCGGCUGGACCUAUGGGUGAACCAGGAGCUAAAGGAUCAGCAGGUCCACCUGGGCCAGAUGGACACCAAGGCCCCAGAGGAGAGCAAGGUCUUAUGGGAACGCCAGGCCCACGAGGUCCAUCUGGGCCUCCUGGAGAUGCAGGACAGCCAGGUCUCCCAGGAUCUUCAGGACCACCAGGGCUCUCAGGUAGUCCAGGUCGACCAGGGCCUAAAGGUGAACCUGGAGCUCCAGGCCGGGUUACUAGCACAGAUGGAGCAUCAACUGUCGCUCUCCCGGGACCUCCGGGCCCACCAGGGAGUGUUGGACCUCCAGGCCCACCUGGUGUCCCAGGUCCUGUAGGCCCAGCUGGUCUUCCUGGAGCUCAAGGCCCUCGUGGUGAGAGAGGAUCCCCAGGCGAAAGCACAGUUGUGGAAAUAAGACCUGAAACUGCUUCUUUAGCUGCUCAAGGACCUCGAGGCCCGCCAGGAUCCUUUGUGCCCACAAAUGAAAAUUUCUUCGCUGGCCCACCAGGUCCACCAGGCCCUCCAGGGCCAAAAGGAGAACAAGGGUUGACAGGCCUACGAGGAUUUACAGGUGAACCAGGGCAGCCUGGUCUUCCAGGAGCUUCUUCACAUGGUGCUGGAGUUUCCAUCCAAGGACCACCUGGACCUCCUGGGCCACCUGGCCCCAAAGGUGACGCAGGAGUUCCAGGAGCCCCUGGCAUCCCUGGAGGAGCUGGAUCUAGAGUUUCUCAGGGCCCUCCAGGGCCCCCAGGCCCUCCUGGACAACCUGGCCUAGGAAUUGGUUCAGUGCAGGAGAUCCAGCAGUAUGUUGCUGAGUACCUACAGAGGGAUGGGCGUUAUCUGGUUGCACCUCAAGGCCCACCAGGUCCUCCAGGUCUUCCAGGACUUGUUACCAUUGAUGAAGAAUCUUUGGACUAUGGCAAGUUGGCCCGUAAUGUUAUGAACCACAUGUCUGCUUUGGGCGUCUCUUGGACAUCUUCCCAUUCAUCUUCAUCAACAACAGUUUAUGAUGAUCUCCUUUCCAUGCUACAGAGACAGGAUGUUCGUCAACUAUUAAUUGGACCUCCAGGCCCCCCUGGGCCACCUGGAGUGGGAGGAGAUGGCUUAUCUGUGUCGCUGGACUAUGAUGAAUUAACCAGACGGGUAGUCAACUACAUGACUAGUUCAGGAAUUGGCAUUGGGCUUCCUGGCCCUGCAGGGCCUCCUGGUCUGCCUGGAGCAUCUUAUGGAGAAAUCUUAGCUUUGCUCCAAGCCUCAGAAUUCAAUGGCAUUGUAGGGCCACGUGGUCCCCCAGGCCCACCAGGACUUCCAGGCAGCUCUCUUUCCAGCCUCACUGCAGCGGAUAUCUUCACAUACUUGCAAAAUGCAGGGUACUCCACGCUUCCUGGACCCCCUGGGCCACCGGGCCCCCCAGGCCCCCCAGGCUUUUCAGGAACUGGCCUUGAGUCCUAUGGUAACAAGAUUUGGACCGACGAGUUCAGGAGUGAAUUGAUCCAAUACCUUACUAGUGAUGACAUACGUGGUUUUAUCAGAGGUCCUCCUGGGCCACCAGGGCCACCCGGACCGAAUGGAGAUGGAAGCACUAUGUCUGGAUAUUACAGAGGGUCUCUAAAUUCAGAAAGAUCAUACGGCAGGUCCAUGAGUUCAGACGUAUCCUAUGGUGCCACAGGGGAAUACGGUGGUUCAGUGGGAAGUAAUGGAGCAGGCGAAUCUUAUGGUGCACUUGGAGCAGGCGGAUCGUAUGGUGGUGCACUUGGAGCAGGCGGAUCUUAUGGUGAUGCACUUGGAGCAGGCGGAUCUUAUGGUGAAUCACUGAGUGCAGGUGGAUCACAAAUGAGAUCAACAGGGGCAGGAGGAUCCUAUAGUGGAUCAUUUGGUGGACCAUUGGAUUACAAUGAGUUGGCAGUUCGAGUGUAUGAAAACAUACAGAACAGAGGGCUCUUCCAGGACUUGAUGACUUACACUACACAAGGACCACCUGGGCCUCCAGGGCCUCCUGGCAUCAGCAGAGUGUUUGCAUCCUACGGAAACGUCACUGAAGACCUUAUGGAUUUCUUCAGAACUUAUGGAACUAUUCCAGGCCCACCUGGACAGAAAGGAGAGGUGGGAUUCCCGGGACCCAAAGGUGAUACUGGACCAAUGGGGCCACCAGGCCGCCAAGGCCCAAGAGGACCAAAGGGUGAAAAAGGCGAGAAAGGUGAUCAAGUAUAUGGACGAAGGAAAAGGAGAAGCAUUGGAGUCUAACUUAAGAAUGUGGCUUAAUGUACAGACUUCCUAA